AUCCUCGAUGCCGGCUUCUCUCUAAGCUCUCUCCCUCUUCGUCCCCUGCGGUCUCGUGUGAGCACCUCGCCGCACCCCUCCGCUCGCCACCUCCUCCGACGUGUGCGAGCGCGCCAGCCGUGGCGACGCCGCUGCACCGAGCACCGCGUCCGUCAUGCCCACCCUCUUCGCCCGGCGCAGCAAGGGGCCGUCCAGCAACGGCCUCUCGUCGCUGCGCUUCAACCAGCACCAGCCCGUGUCGUCGGCGGACCUGCUGCAGAGCGCCGCAGGCGACCAGGAUGCGCGCCCGCUGCCGCCCGUGCCCUUCGAGCUGCCGCCGCAGGGCACCGACUACUCGAUCCCCUCGCACGACUCCUUCAAGAUGCACGAGUUCGGCGCCCUGCCGCCGCCGCGUGACAUCGACGAGAAGCCACUGCCGCUGCCGGCACCGCAGCAGCAGCAGCAGCAGCGAACAGCACGCUCGAUGACUUCGCGCUCGACCAUGCCGAUCGCGUCGCUGCGCCCGGCCGUCAGUGCCGCGACGAUCAGCGCCGGCGGCCCGCCCACGCGGGCCAAGACUCGCUCCAGCAUGGCCAGCGGCUACUCCACCGGCAUCACUCACUCCGGCUUCGGCCACCUCUCGGGGCGUGCCUCCCUCGAGCACGUCGAGCCGUACUCCUACGGCUACUGCCACGCCAGUCUCGAUGCGCAGGUGGACAUUGCCGUCGUCGUGCAGCUCGUGGGCGCGCUGGGAGAGCAGAUUCGGCAGCGGGGCCUGGACUCGCCUCUGAUCUUCUCCUCGAUGGCGCUCGACGUCUCGGCGAGCAACACCUGCUCGCUGAUCCGCUCCUUCAUGUCCUCGCACUCGGCAGCGGCAGCGAGCUCGCGAUCGCGCGGCAUGCCUCCUUCGGCCCUGCCUGCCGCGUUCCUGAGCGAAAUCCGCUUCGCGAAUCCGCACGAUCUCGCUGCGAUGCUGAAGUGGGCGCUGGCACGGCUCGGCCGCGUCUUUGCCGUGCCUGUGCCGGCAGUGCCCGGCGAGGGCCCGAACCGCAAAGGCGUGGUGGAGGAGGACACGAUCUUCGUGCAGCAGCGCGGCUUCUUGCAGCUUGAUGCGUACCUCUCAUGGCGCGAAGACGAGCGGACCCGGCAAUUUCCGGUCACUGCGUUCACGUCCUUCGUCGAUGCGGUGAUGGACCCCGCGGCAGCCGCACUGCUGCGCGCCCUGCUCUCUCUGCUCUCCUCGACGGCGGCAUACAGCCUGAAGAACGGCAUGACGCCGUCCAAGCUGGCGCGGCUGUUCGGGCCUCUGAUCUUCGGCCUGCCCGAGGAUGAGACAUUCGAGCGGACGUACGAUGCGUUCGUGCGCGCCAGCAACGCCACGGAGCACCUGCUGCUGGCCUACAUCCGCGAUGCGUCCAGCACCGAAUCGCUGCCGGUCCGCCUGAACGACCAUCUGCGAGGCUAUCCGUCCAUGCUCUCGAGCGACAUCAGCCGCCCGGCGCGGCACGUGCGCGGCGUGCCCGUGACGCAGAUCGAGCGCGUGGUGCGCCUCUACAGCGCGGACCUCGUGCAGAGCGCAUGCGAGCUGGACCUGAGCGCCACCUGCGAGGAGUGGGCUGCGUGCUGCAGCACUCAGGAGAGCCUCGGCCGCGAGCCGCAGCUGUCCGAUCGCUUCCGGAAGCUGCUGAACUUCAGAGGAAGCGCUGUCCAUGCUCGGAGAAGCGAGGCCAGCAACGGCGCGGGCAGCAGCUUGCUCGUUCGACAGCUCUCAUCGCACUCCAACGGCCGCUCGACCGAGUCCGAGCUCGAGACGCACGGCUCGCUCGCCUCCAAGACAUGGUCCGACUUCUCGCUCGACGGCUUCGCGGCGCCCGACAAGUCGAAGCUCGCCUUCGAUCUGCGCGAAAGCGAGCGCAAGGCGCGCAUCGAGAAUCGCGGCACCGUCAAGUGGUCGCAGUUUGAAGAGACGGGCUUCGUCGCCACAGACGAGGGCCUGCGAGAGGUGCUGAGCUUCGACGACGGGCUGCAGGAGGACAUGGCACGCUGGCCUGGCGAGCGCGCCCAGAUGCUCGAGAAGAUCCGCGCCCAGGCGAGCAAGCUGCCGCCGUUCCCCUACGACACUGCGCCGCACUGCGUUGCGAGCCCGCUGCGCGGCGAGAUCUCGACCCUUGGCGCGGGCCAGUGGAACGAGACGCCCAUCUCGCGCAUGGACGAGAUGUUCCCCGAGGUCGUGGCCGACUUUCUGCUUGGCAAUGGCUGGAGCAACCGCGACGAGCUGACGCAUCGCAACGCCAACUUCGUCGUCGUGCAGUACAAGAGCCGCGCCGCGCCAGAAGUGCAGGAGGCCUCGGCAGACUCGACGCUCGGCGACCAGUCGCUCCUCUCGCGCAACGGCGAGGCGCCCGUCGAUGACCGCACCAAGGCGGCGUGGUUCAUCGUGCAGGAGCUCGUGCCGUCGCAGUACCGCGCGGACCUCGAUGCCGCGGGACGGCACAAGGGUCGCAGCAAGCCCAGCCUGCGCAAGCUGAACAUCUUCAAGCGCGUGCGUCGGGAGCGCGAUGAGAAUCAGCCCGCCGACCCGCACGAUCCGUUCACUGCCGGCGCAGGUGGGGCCACGCGGCAUCUGCGCAUUCAUGGCCCGACCAGCCCGGCGCUGAGCAGCAACGGAGCGAUGGCGGCGGAUCUCGAGCGCGCGGGCACCUACGCCUCGUUCCGCACCCAGACGCAGCGGCGCACCGACGCCGGAGUGCCGCCCGGCAUGACGUAUGAGCCCGGUCCCGACUUCAUGGAGACCAGCUCGAGCAGCAUCCUGCACUCGCUGCGGUCCAAGACGAAGCGGGGACGUGGACGAGGCGCCGACGAGGCAGCUUUGCCAAGCGCACCGCCGCAGCAAGGCAUUGCGCACACUCAGUACGACUCCUUCUCCUCGUCGGACUUCGAGACUCGCAGUCUGCACGAUCCCGAGCUCGACGAGCUCACGGCCAGCGAUGACUACACGGUGCGGCGCAAGAACCCACUGGCGCGGCGUCACGAGCGGCGCGAGAGCAAGGACGACGCGUGGAUCGACGUGCUGAGCAAGGCAAACGGCUUUCGCAUGGCGGGUCAGGAUGCCGAUGUCUCGCCGAUGCGGAGGGGCACGCGUCAGCAGCUCGCCUCUGCCGGCGAACCCGGGCCCAGCCGCGCAGCACUUCCGAACCUGCAGCUACCUCCGCGCGAUGCGAGUCUCAAUGACUCGCUACGCAACACGCCGACGCAAGAGACCUUCAAUGAGGACGCGCGGCAGGGCACCGCAACGCAGGCUGUCGUUCGCGAUGCGGCUCCAGCGACAGGCGUGGUCCCUCCCGCUGCGGCCAUUGCCGCAGCAGGCUGGUCUCUCGAGCCUGCGCCCGAGCCAGAGCGCCGCAACAUGCUACGGCCUGCCGUGCCCGAGCGCCGCUCCUCGUCGAUCUCGGAAGACGCGUCUGGCUCGUCGAGCAGGCCGAUGGACCUCACACCACCUGCCGCUGCGCCUGUGCCUUUGCCGCCCAGCGAGCCGAGGCAGCAUGCACCAGUGCUCCCCGCACCGGCACUCCGUCCUGUGGACUCGCCAGACCGGUCACAGUCGGUCACCCCGGUCGCAGGGAAGACUUCUCCGCCCCCUGCGCCAGCAAGUGCCGCCGCACCGACGUCUACCGCGAAGGAGCCGCCUGCUGUGCCGUCGCCGGAUGUCUCUCCUGUCGCUGUGCGCCGAAUCGUGCCGCCCAUGCCGGGCCCGGGUGCGACUGCGGCCGAGAAGGAGCUGGCACGUGCGGCGCGCAUCGAGGCAGCCAAGGAGAGAGCGCGCGAGCUCCGAGCUGGCCUCAAGGACGUUCGCCCUCUCCCUGUCGAGCCAAAGGAGGCCGCAGAGGCUCGACCUGCACCCUCGCCUGCCACAGACCGACCGGACCCCUUCUCCAAGAACCCGACCUCUGGACGCGUGGCGGCGAUCGCUGGCAAGUUCGGCGGCCCGGCCAAGGCUCGUCUCGGCUCGAUGUCGCCGACCAACGGCCAGCCGACCUCGCCGCCGGCUCUCUCUGCCGUCGCAAGCAGCGAGCCUGCUUCUCCGUCUCCCGUGCGCGCCGGCCUGCCCUCGGCGCUGCUGAGCGGCCUGCCGGCACAGGCGCUGUCCUCCGUGAGCUCGCCCGUGUCCGCAACUCAGCCCGAGCCAAAGAUCGCGCAGCCCAUGGCUGGCUGGACCGCCACUGCAGACGCAGGUGCAAAGAGCCCUGCACCGGCCGCGCAGGGCUGGACGCUCGCCGACCCCGAGGCGCCGCCGUCGCCGCGCAUGCGCGAGUCGCUCGACAGUGUUCUGCCGGACAGCGACUCGAUCUACCCCGACGACGCGGCGUCGAACUACUCGCGCUCGACGGACGACGGCGGCGAGCCGGGCGGCCGCUCGAGCGCCUUCUUCGCCUCGCGCCCCGACUCGAUGCUGUCGGAGAACGGCUUUGCGGCGGAUGCGCUGCGCAGCGAGGAGGAGGACCGGGCGAUGGAGCUGCGGCGCGAGCCCUACCAGCCGGGCAUGCCCCUCGACAACGUCGCCGAAGAGUCUGAAUCGAUGCUCAGCGGCUCCAACGGGCGCUAGCUGCGCCAGCGAGCCGCAGCGCGGAGCGGAAGCCACGCCCACGCUCCUUGAACUUCCGAGCUGCACAUCAUAUACCAUCCUUGUCCAUCU